CGGCGACACUAGCGUGGAGGUUCGCUGCCAGCAAUGGUGGCAGCCAUGCACCUAAUGAUCUGGAAAGAAAUGGGGAUGCAAAACUUCAAGAUUUGGAGCCUCCAACUCCACAUUCAGCUAUUAAAAUGGGCUUGAGAGACCGUGGCACAAUGGAGGAUCCAGAUGGAACAUUGGCUAGUGUUGCCCAAUGUAUUGAAAAGCUGCGCCAGAAUUCCUCUUCUUUACAGGAAAAAGAGAAUUCUCUGAAGCAGUUGCUGGAACUUAUUGAUACACGGGAAAAUGCUUUCAGUGCUGUUGGAUCUCAUUCUCAGGCAGUUCCAGUACUUGUUUCUCUUCUCCGAUCAGGGUCUGUUGGAGUGAAAAUUCAAGCAGCUAAUGUUUUAAGUUCUCUUUGUAAGGAAAAUGAAUUAAGGGUUAAAGUCUUGCUUGGGGGUUGCAUUCCUCCCCUGCUUGGUCUCUUGAGGUCCAACUCAGCAGAGGGUCAAAUUGCAGCAGCAAAAACAAUAUAUGCGGUUUCACAAGGUGGUGCUAAGGAUCAUGUUGGAUCAAAAAUUUUUUCAACUGAAGGAGUUGUUCCAGUGCUAUGGGAGCAAUUAGAAAAUGGGCUGAAGGCUGGAAACUUGGUUGAUAACUUAUUGACUGGAGCUCUAAGGAAUCUCUCCAGCAGCACUGAGGGGUUUUGGUCUACAACGGUACAAGCUCGAGGAGUGGAUAUACUCGUGAAGUUGCUUACAACUGGACAGUCAAGCACUCAAGCAAAUGUAUGCUUUCUUCUUGCAUGUAUGAUGAUGGAGGAUGCAUCUGUUUGCUCUAGGGUGUUGGCUGCGGAGGCUGCAAAACUACUCCUCAAGCUUUUAGGACCUGGUCAUGAAGCUCCUAUCAGGGCAGAGGCUGCAGGUGCUCUUAAAUCUCUGUCUGCCCAGUGCAAAGAAGCAAGGCGGGAGAUAGCUAAUUCUAAUGGUAUACCUGCUUUGAUUAAUGCAACAAUAGCUCCUUCAAAAGAAUUUAUGCAAGGUGAGUUUGCCCAAGCAUUGCAAGAGAAUGCAAUGUGUGCUCUGGCAAACAUUUCUGGUGGUUUGUCAUUUGUCAUUUCAAGCCUUGGUCAAAGCCUUGAAUCAUGUUCUUCGCCUGCUCAGAUUGCUGAUACAUUAGGAGCAUUAGCUUCAGCUCUAAUGAUAUAUGAUAUGAAAGCAGAAUCUACAAGAGCAUCAGAUCCUCUGGAUAUUGAACAGACUUUGGUUAAGCAGUUUAAACCUCACUCAUCAUUUCUUGUGCAGGAACGAACCAUAGAAGCCCUAGCUAGUCUGUAUGGGAAUGCCAUACUCGCAAAUAGACUUGCAAAUUCUGAUGCAAAACGUCUGCUGGUUUGUUUGAUCACGAUGGCAACCAAUGAAGUUCAGGACGAGUUGAUAAGAUCCCUUCUUUUACUUUGCAACAAUGAAGGCAGUCUGUGGCGAGCCCUUCAAGCUCGUGAGGGGGUUCAGUUGUUGAUAUCUCUUCUUGGACUUUCAUCAGAGCAACAGCAGGAAUGUGCAGUUGCAUUGCUUUGCCUUUUAUCAAAUGAGAAUGAUGAAAGUAAAUGGGCUAUCACUGCUGCGGGUGGAAUACCUCCUCUUGUUCAAAUACUAGAGACAGGCUCUGCGAAAGCAAAAGAAGAUUCUGCAACAAUACUUGGGAACCUCUGUGAUCACAGUGAAGAUAUACGGGCAUGUGUUGAAAGUGCUGAUGCUGUUCCCGCUUUAUUAUGGCUGCUGAAGAAUGGAAGCCCAAAUGGGAAAGAAAUUUCAGCAAAGACAUUGAACCAUUUAAUACAUAAAUCAGAUACAGCAACUAUCAGCCAACUAACUGCCUUAUUAACGAGUGAUCUACCUGAAUCCAAAGUUUAUGUUUUGGAUGCUUUAAGAAGCAUGCUGUCUGUUGCUCCACUCAAUGAUAUACUGCAUGAAGGUAGUGCUGCAAAUGAUGCAAUUGAAACAAUGAUCAAAAUAUUGAGUUCUAGCAGAGAAGAGACACAAGCUAAGUCUGCAUCUGCUCUUGCUGGAAUCUUUGACCUCAGAAAGGACUUGCGUGAAAGUAGCAUUGCUGUUAGGACUCUUUGGUCAGCCAUGAAGCUGUUAAAUGCCGAGUCAGAAAACAUCUUAGUGGAAUCCUCACGUUGCCUUGCUGCAAUAUUUCUUUCAAUUAAAGUGAACCGGGACAUGGCUGCUGUUGCUAGGGAUGCAUUCUCUCAGUUAGUUAUUCUUGCUAACUCCCCCACUUUGGAAGUUGCAGAACAGUCAAUAUGUGCUUUAGCCAAUCUUCUUUUGGAUAAUGAAAUUUCUGAUAAAGCUAUUCAUGAAGAAAUUAUUUUGCCUGCAACUAGAGUUCUGCGUGAAGGCACUGCUGCUGGGAAAACGCUGGCUGCAGCAGCAAUUUCUCGCCUACUUCAUUCUCGCUGUAUUGACUAUAACUUGAUUGAUUGUGUGAAUCGUGCUGGAACAGUUCUUGCAUUGGUUUCAUUCCUCGAUUCUGCUAAUGGUGGGUCUCUUGCCACAGCAGAGGCUUUAGAUGCCCUUGCUUUUUUGUCGAGUUCAGAGGUUGAUGGGCACAUCAAACCUGCAUGGGCAGUUCUGGCAGAAUGCCCAAACAGCAUAACCCCAAUAGUUUCAUGUAUUGCUGAUGCAGCACCCUUGUUGCAAGACAAAGCUAUUGAAAUAUUGUCACAACUUUGUCGCGAUCAGUCUCUUGUUCUAGGAAAUACAAUCACUUGUUCCUAUGGCAGUAUUUUAUCAAUUGCAAGAAGGGUGAUCAACUCUAUGAACAUAAAGGUGAAAAUUGGGGGAACUGCACUUCUUAUCUGUGCUGCAAAAGUUAAUCACCAGAGAGCGGUGGAAGAUCUUAAUGAAUCAAACUUGUGUGUCCAUCUCAUUCAAUCUCUUGUAGCGUUGCUUAAUUCAACAGAAUCUCUCUCCUUGGGAGAUGAGGGGGGAAAGAACAUGCAGGCCAUAAGCAUUUAUAGGCAGAGCAAAGAAGGCAGUAAUGACGGAAUGGAUACUGGAACAGCAAUUAUAUAUGGUGCUAACCUAGCUGUAUGGCUAUUGUCUGUUCUUGCUUGUGAUGACAAAAGUAAAAUUGUGAUGUUGGAGGCUGGAGCUGUUGAAGUACUCACUGACAAGAUCUCUCAAUGUUUAUUGCAAUUUACUCAGAUUGAUUUUAAAGAAGAUAAUAGUGUAUGGAUUUGUGCUUUACUUCUUGCUAUUCUGUUUCAAGAUAGAGAUAUAAUACGAGCACAUGCAACAAUGAAAUCUAUACCAGUACUUGCAAAUAUGUUGAAGACAGACGAGUCAGCAAGCAGAUAUUUUGCUGCACAAGCAAUAGCCAGUCUAGUCUGUAAUGGCAGCAGAGGGACUCUUUUGUCUGUAGCGAAUUCUGGGGCUGCUGGUGGCCUUAUUUCAUUACUUGGCUGUGCUGAUGUCGAUAUAUAUGAUCUUCUGGAAUUGUCGGAGGAGUUUGCUUUGCUGCGUUAUCCAGAGCAAGUUGCUCUUGAGAGGUUGUUUAGGGUUGAUGACAUUAGGGUUGGUGCUACCUCUCGGAAAGCAAUACCUGCACUUGUUGACCUACUUAAACCAAUUCCAGAUCGUCCAGGGGCACCAUUUCUAGCACUUGGAUUGCUGAUUCAACUUGCAAAAGACUGCCCUGCGAACAAAAUUGUAAUGGUGGAAUCAGGGGCUUUGGAAGCACUGACAAAGUAUCUUUCACUUGGCCCACAAGAUGCAACUGAGGAAGCUGCUACUGAUUUGUUGGGAAUCCUGUUUACUAGUGCUGAAAUACGGAGACAUGAAUCAGCAUUUGGUGCUGUCAGUCAACUUGUAGCAGUUUUACGUUUGGGUGGAAGAGCUGCAAGGCAUAGUGCUGCAAGAGCAUUAGAAAGUCUCUUUUCCUCCGACCAUAUUAGAAAUGCUGAAAGUUCUCGACAGGCUGUUCAACCAUUGGUUGAAAUUCUUAAUACUGGCAUGGAGAGAGAGCAGCACUCUGCCAUUGCUGCAUUGGUAAGGCUGUUGAGUGAAAAUCCAUCAAGAGCCCUCGCUGUUGCUGAUGUGGAAAUGAAUGCAGUAGAUGUUCUUUGCAGGAUCCUUUCAUCAAAUUGUUCAAUGGAUUUGAAGGGGGAUGCUGCAGAAUUAUGCUGUGUUCUUUGUGGUAAUACAAGAAUCAGAUCUACCAUGGCUGCAGCUCGCUGUGUUGAGCCUCUGGUCUCUCUCCUUGUGACUGAGUUUAGCCCUGCGCAGCAAUCAGUUGUCCACGCACUGGAUAAGCUUUUGGAUGAUGAGCAACUGGCUGAACUGGUUGCUGCACAUGGCGCUGUUAUUCCUCUUGUUGGCCUUCUCUAUGGCAGGAAUUACAUGCUUCAUGAGGCUGUAUCCAGAGCUCUUGUGAAGCUGGGGAAAGACAGGCCUUCUUGCAAGGUGGAAAUGGUGAAAGCUGGAGUGAUUGAGAGCAUACUUGAUAUCCUUCAUGAAGCUCCGGAUUUUCUCUGUGCUGCUUUGACUGAAUUGCUGCGAAUAUUGACUAAUAAUGCGACAAUUGCUAGGGGUCCAUCUGCGGCAAAAGUGGUUGAACCCCUUUUUCUCUUGCUAGCAAGACCAGAAUUUGGGCCUGAUGGACAGCAUAGUACAUUACAAGUUCUUGUUAAUAUUUUAGAGCAUCCGCAAUGUCGUGCUUCCUACGCCCUUGACUCUCACCAAGCUAUUGAACCACUCAUCCCCUUACUAGAUUCUCCAGUUCCAGCAGUACAACAGUUGGCUGCUGAGCUUCUUUCACAUCAGCUUGUGGAAGAACAUCUUCAGAAGGAUUCAGCAACACAGCAAGUAAUUGGUCCUUUGAUACGGGUGCUUGGUUCUGGUGUGCACAUUUUGCAGCAGAGAGCUGUGAAGGCGCUUGUUAGUCUUGCGUUAACUUGGCCAAAUGAAAUUGCAAAGGAAGGUGGUGUUAAUGAGUUGUCCAAGGUGAUAUUGCAAGCUGAUCCUUCUCUUCCUCAUGCCUUGUGGGAAUCUGCUGCUUCUGUUUUAGCCAGUAUCUUGCAAUUCAGUUCUGAAUUUUAUUUGGAAGUACCUGUAGCUGUCUUGGUAAGGUUGCUUCGUUCUGGCUCGGAAGGCACAGUAAUUGGUGCAUUGAAUGCUCUUCUUGUGUUGGAAAGUGAUGACGGAACGAGUGCUGAAGCAAUGGCUGAGAGUGGUGCCAUAGAAGCUCUUUUGGAACUUCUAAGAGGUCAUCAGUGUGAGGAAACUGCGGCUAGACUGCUGGAAGUUCUACUAAACAACGUGAAGAUAAGGGAAUCUAAGGUCACCAAGUCUGCAAUCUUACCAUUAUCCCAGUACCUCUUGGAUCCACAAACCCAAGCUCAGCAGGCUAGAUUGCUAGCAACUCUGGCUCUUGGUGAUCUAUUCCAGAAUGAGGGUCUUGCUCGAAGUAGUGAUGCGGUUUCAGCUUGCCGUGCUCUCGUGAAUGUUCUUGAAGAACAACCAACAGAAGAAAUGAAAGUGGUAGCUAUUUGUGCCUUGCAAAACCUUGUUAUGUAUAGUCGAUCAAAUAAAAGAGCAGUUGCAGAAGCUGGUGGUGUUCAGGUUGUACUGGAUCUGAUUGGUUCAAGUGAUCCAGAAACAUCGGUUCAGGCUGCAAUGUUUGUUAAACUUCUCUUUUCUAAUCAUACAAUUCAAGAAUACGCUUCCAGUGAAACUGUUAGAGCUAUUACUGCUGCAAUUGAAAAGGAUUUGUGGGCUACUGGAACUGUAAAUGACGAGUAUUUAAAAGCUUUAAAUGCCCUCUUCAGCAACUUCCCGCGUUUGAGAGCCACUGAGCCUGCAACACUUAGUAUUCCCCAUCUGGUUACAUCCCUCAAGACUGGGUCAGAGGCAACUCAAGAAGCAGCUUUGGACUCUCUUUUUCUUCUAAGGCAGGCUUGGUCUGCUUGCCCAGCUGAAGUGUCUAGAGCUCAAUCAGUUGCUGCAGCAGAUGCAAUUCCCUUGCUACAAUACUUGAUCCAGUCUGGCCCCCCUCGCUUUCAGGAGAAGGCAGAAUUUCUGUUGCAGUGUUUGCCAGGGACCUUAGUUGUGAUAAUCAAGCGUGGAAACAACAUGAAGCAGUCAGUGGGAAAUCCUAGUGUCUAUUGCAAGCUUACACUUGGCAACAAUCCACCAAGGCAAACCAAGAUUGUAUCAACUGGUCCUAAUCCAGAGUGGGAUGAAAGUUUUGCAUGGUCCUUCGAAAGUCCUCCAAAAGGCCAGAAGCUUCAUAUUUCUUGCAAGAACAAGAGCAAAAUGGGGAAGAGCUCAUUUGGCAAAGUCACAAUCCAGAUUGAUCGGGUUGUAAUGCUCGGAGCGGUUGCUGGAGAGUACGCUCUCUUGCCUCAAAGCAAAAGCGGCCCCUCACGGAAUCUGGAAAUCGAGUUCCAGUGGUCUAACAAAUGAUUCCCAUUACUGAAGUUUCUAAUCCUUGGCUGCAAAUGAAUAUACAAGGGAAACAGUGGUGGAAAAAGGAAUUCAUUUUUUUUUCGUCGGUUAUUUAUGAUGCCAGUGUAUAUAGUCUGCCCGAAAUUUUAAUUUUUUGAGUAGUGUUCUGCUUACAUCGCUGUACGGCCAAUUUGUUGGUAUUCUUUUGUAAUCCUUUCUUCAAUUCCCUGUGAUGGCAGCUGUGGAAUUAGAAGUAAGUUUGUUUACAUUUUCAAAAUAUUUUUUUGGUAUGAUGGCAGCUGUGGAAUUAGAAAAGUUUAUAUAUAUUUUUUU